AUGAAUAAAAUUACAGUUGUCAAAGAAAAUCUUCAUCAAAUUCAUGAUUCUAAUUCAACCAAGCCCAAAUCGAUCAUCAAAACAACUACAGAAGAACAGAAUACAUCAUCUUGUUGUCGAAACCGGAAAAGAAAGUUUUUCUUUGUGAUCUUAAUAGUUAUUGUUGUCUUAGCUAUCAUAACAGGUAUUCUCAUUCCAACAGUUAUUAUUAGACAAGACAAAAGUCAAUCAAUAUCAAUAACUACAACAACAAGGACAAUAGCAAAGACUACAACAACAAGGACAAUAGCAAAGACUACAACAACAAGGACAAUAGCAAAGACUACAACAACAAGGACAAUAACAAAGACUACAACAACAAGGACAAUAACAAAGACUACAACAAAGGUGACAACAACAACAGAAAAAGAUUUAAUAAAGCUUGUUGUGAAGAAUAAAGUAAAUGGUAUCUUUAAUACGACUAUAGGUGGUAAUAGUAUGAAAUCAACACCUGGUAAAGAUAUUGGUAACUAUAUAGACAAAGAAUCACCAGACAAGGCAUGUGAUGGGAAUUUAAAAACAAAAUAUGUUAGCUUUGGUGGAUGUCGUGAAGGAGGUAAUCAGAAGUAUUGUGGUUUAAAUACUGGUUUUUAUUUCGAACUCGAACGUGGUUUAACACUCAUUAAUGGAAUACGAAUAUGUACUGCUAAUGAUCGUAGGGAACGUGAUCCAAUGAUUGUUUCAUUAGAAGGAAGUAAUCAAUCAGAAGCCAAUCUUACUCUUGGUAUAAGUUGGACUCUCCUAUAUAAUGAUACCAGUGGACUUGAAAAUAUUACUGCUCGAAAUGUAUGUGGUCUACCUCAACUUUUCAAUAAUACAAUUGAAUACAAAAGCUAUCGUUUUCUGGUUCAUGCCAGACAAAAUCAAUCAGAUUGCGUUCAAUAUUCUGAAGUUCAACUAUACAGUUUUUAA